ACUUUCCCGAAACUAUUGUGCGUUGGCCCUUAUAAUUUGUGUAGUAUGUUUAAUGUCGGUCAGUAGCUAUAUUAUACUCAAGUUUUGUUAUUUCGUCGCUGGUUUCUCCCGGUAUUGAUGAUUUCCAUUUUAGGAAAUCUUUGCUCCUAGUAUGUUAAUUAAGAAAUCAAAGAAUCAGUUUAGUGGCAUUUUCCUGAAAGCUUUUUUAGUCUUUGAAGUUGUAAGUUUUAUCGGAUCAUACGCGCUCUGGCAUCGCCUGAAUGUCUCACAAGAUUUUAGGUAUUAUAUGAACAAAAAAUAUCCAAAAAUUCUUGACGGUUAUUAUACUUUGGGAGAAACAUUGAAUCCAGCUUUGGAAAUGAGAACUUUUGAUAAACUCACCUGGGAAAAAAAAGGAAAUUUGGAAGCUUAAAGCUUGAUGGCGUUCUUCAAAUCGUUCAUCCUCUUAAUAUCUGGUGGAAGUUUAGGAUAUCUACUUUCAAAUCUUAUUAAUCUCAACAAGACCAAUGUGACAAAGUUUCUUCCUGGGGGACAGGCAUACAUAAAAUUCCAAAAUAAGCACCAGAAAAGCAAAAUUAUUAAGCCGAGUAAUCACAUGCAUGAUAACAAUCUAAUAAAAGAAUACGAGGAUUUACAAGGUGCAAAAAUAAAAUAACAUUUAAUUAAAAUAAUGGAUCCUCCUGUAGUGGAGGAGGGGAGUUUACCUGACAGAAUUAACAAAAGGGAUCGCGAACGUAAGAUCAUAAUUGAGAAAAGACGCGAGGAGAGGCAACAAUUGGCUGUAGAGUCUGAACAGACUAGUUACUUUAAGGAAACUUUUUAUUCCUCAUGUAGUAAAAUUAAAGAAUUACUAGAUAGCACAUCCGGCAUUUCUUCAGUCGCUCUUGCUGGUAUUUUUGAUAAAGUUAACAAAGAGAUCUUAACAUUAAAAAAUUAUUUGCAUCAAUCGAAAAUGUUUCUUAAAGUCUAUGAUAUCAGGAAGGCUCAGGAAAAUCUACAAAUGUUGGAAAAUGACGCAUUGGAAUUGGAAACAAAGCUUUUACCGAAAAAGAAAUUUGGAUUUAAAAACCGAAGAGUUAUCAAAAAACCAUCAGAUGGAGAAAAUGAUGUUACCGAUGGACUUAAGGAUCUCCAAAUAACGGAAGGUAUUGUGAACGGUUCUGGAAACCCAAAAAAGAAAUUGUCCAGUAAAUAUGGUGACAGUGCUUGCAUGUUGCUGGGAAAAAUCGAUAAAUCAUUGAUUCUCGAUGCUGAGAAUGUGAAUAAAAACGACGUUCUUCUCUCGGACUUGACCCGUUGCACAGUACGAAUAUAUGGUGCACCGAGCACUCUGCACAUGGUUAAUUUAAGACAAUGUACAAUCCUCGUGGGCCCCGUUUCGUCCUCGGUUUUCGCUCACGAUUGCAAGGAUUGUAAUUUCGCCUUCGCUUGUCAACAACUUAGACUCCAUUCUUCAGCGGACUGCUCAAUAUACUUACAUGUCACGAGCAGAGCUAUUAUAGAAGACUGUUCUCAAAUUCGUGUAGCGCCCUACAAUUGGUCUUAUGAAGAUCAGAUAAGUCAUUUCAAUCUGGCGGGUCUCGAUCCCAAGAUAAACAACUGGAACUGUGUUGAUGACUUUAAUUGGCUCUCAAGUGAGAAAAACUCACCAAACUGGUCUGUUCUUGAACCGGAAUCUUGGGUGAAAAGUUGGAACUGACGAAGAAAUUAAAGUGGCUGUAAAGAUGGUUGAAUUAUCGAACCGAUUUAAUUUUUUUUUACAAAGCUAGAGCUGUGAAUGUGAAAAAUUGUAAGGCAUCAUUUUUCUACUCAUGUUUGUAUUCGAGAGACUUUUUUUGUCAUGGUAGUAAAUUAUAUGUAGGUUUUUAUCUAAUGAUACAAUUCAUUACUCAUUCGCAUUCGUUAGCAAAUUUCACAAAUGUCAAAUUCGCGAAAAUUCCAUGUUUAACAAAUGAAAAUUUUAUAUUUCUGUUGCGGAGUUGAGACGGUUCUAUUUUUAAAUAAAAAUUGUUCACUUUCAAUAAAAAUGAUAAUCUCA